ACUUAAUAUGCAAGCGUUACCCAGUAGGACAUAGAAGAAACGCGUUGAUAUUUCUACCAAAUAAAUAAUCAAGCUUCGAUCCAGCUUGUAUUAUUCGGCUACUUCGACUCGUAGUUCAAUUAUCUAGGUAGCUAAGUUGCAACUAGGUUAGCGCCUACGAAAAUGGCAGAAAGUAAUAUAAAAAAAGCUCUUGAGUUAGCUCAGUAUCCGGAAACAAAUGUUCGUUUACAAGCAGAACUUGAAUUGAAAAAAUUCGAAUCUUUGCCUGAAUUUCCCCUGUAUUUGACAAAUAUUGCAGCCUCUGCGGCUCCAUUCCCCUUGCGAUUGGGAUCAUUGAUUUAUUUGCAGCGUUUUAUUACUCACCAUUGGUCUCCUCUUUUUGAACAGUUCAAAGAAGGACCUAUACCCGAUGAGAAUGUUAAGCGUGCUGUAAGAGAGACGCUUCUUCGUCAGUUGAUUUCGUUGGAAAAUCACCAGCUAAAUAAGGCGGUUGCUUAUGCAGUAUCUUUGAUUGCCAAUGUCGAUUUCCCCGACGAAUGGCCUGAAGUUUUUCCCUGUGUUUUGCAGUUGCUCAAAUCGGACAACGAGGGUUCUAUCAAUGCCGCCCUUGACGUGUUGUGUGAGUUAAUUGAUGAAUCGAUGAUGGAGGAACAGUUUUUCAUUAUAUCUCCUCCCCUUUCUGAAACUUUGUAUCAACUCGUUUUACCGAUUCCUCCUAAUGAUUCUUUGAGACAGGUGCAAGCCCGUGCGAUAGGAUUGUUUCGUUCAUGUUUAGAGUUACUGGAAAUGUACAAAGAAACCCGUUCUGAGCCUGUCCGCGUUUUUAUUGAUCAAUUGUUGCCUCCAUGGAUGGAUAUGUUUAUCCAGAAACUGCAAUGGCCUCUUUUUCAAGGUAAUGAACUCUUGGGUGACUCCACAGGUACAUUUUGCAUAAUGGGAGAGAUUGCAUUAUCCUUAUCAAAACUUAGAGAGUUGUUUCCAUCAAAAUUAUCGACAUAUGUUGUAAGGCUAGUGGAUUUAAUAUGGGAUAUCCUUCAAAAACUGCUCCCAGUUUAUCUCAAGGAUGUGGUUUUUGACAUUCCUACAGAUGAAAACGUUUUUGGUAUUAAGUAUCCAUUGCGUUACUUAAUUGAAUUACUUCAAUUUGUCGGUGUAGCUUUACAAAACAAAUCUGUUCAGACUCUGUUCUUAGCCACCAAUGUUUCUUCUUCUUCUCUCCCUCCCUGUAUUUCUAUUUUGGUCCAAUAUGCUCAGCUUUCUAAAAGCCAGGUUGAAAUCUACGAAAACGACGUUAACGAGUAUAUAAUCAAUGAAACUAAUUAUGACUCCUUUGUUGAUACAGUUCGUGGGGCCGCUGUCAAUGUGCUUUCUUCUUUUGAACAGCACACAAAUUUAAAACUCCAGCAGCAGAUUCGGGAAUUAGCUGCUGCAUACGUAUCAGAAAAUGACAUAAAUUGGGUUGAUCAGGAAGCUUUAUUAUACACGUGCUGUUCUAUCGAUGCCGCUUCAGAUGAUACUUACGACGAGUACUUGGAGCCGGUCUACAAAGCCAUAUCUGUUCGAAUACAAACUUCUAAUGUCCCAGAAAUACUGAUGGCUGGUUUUUUUAAUUUUGUUGGAUAUUUUUCAGAAAGUACUCCGUUAGCCAUUGAAUUUUUCCAGGUAUUUUUGAACUGCAUUUCAAACGCAGAUCAAUCAGAUUUGGUGAAAUAUGCUGCUGUUAAGGGUAUUGAGAGGUUGUGUUCAGUCAGUCAAGUAAAACCAUCGUCUUCGGUACAACCUGCUGUCUUAAAAGUUCUUAGAGACUUUGUGCCAAACAGCUCUGACGAAUCGCUUGUUCUUCUUGUUGAAGCAAUCACGGCCUUAACUCGAUUGGACUGUCAAAAGGCUGCGGAACCAGAUAGUUCAUUCAUUCCCGUAUUAUUCAAUCUUAUAGCUAAUAAUCCUUCUGAUCCUUAUCUUUCUGGACUAAUCGAAGAUACAUUUGAGGACAUUACUAGCGAGGCUGCUAGUUAUGAAAGUGUAUGUGAAACUACUAUGCCGGAACUUUUACAAGUUCUAAGUCACCCGGAUCCCAACUUAGUAAAUGUUGGCUGCACUCUUCUUUCCUCUUUAAUUCGUGCGGGUCCUUCUCCUCUUCCUGCUGGCUUUAUAAACUACGUUUUGCCUCCUAUCUACCAAAUUACAGAGACGCAUAACGAUGAUCUGGAGUUGCUUCAACUUUCACAGGAAAUCAUAAGAGAGUUGCUUCGUAAAGAUUGCCCUCAGGUAUUAAGUUCAGAAAUAUCGGGAGCAAGCGGACUUCAGUAUAUUCUUUAUAUACUGCAGAAGCUCUUAUUGAGUAAGUCCGAUGACUCUUCAUGCUUUCUUGUUGGCACUAUUCUAUUGGAACUUCUCGAACAUGCAAAUCAGGCUUUAGAUCUGCAACCAGUUUUGCUUUCCUGUUUACAGAGAGCGGUUGUUGCUGAACAACCUCGUUUCAUUCAGAGCAUAAUUUACGUCUUUUCUAAAAUGAUAAACAAAAACGUUGAAGCCGUUCUGAACUUUUUGAGUGGCUCUACUCUAGAUGAUAAGGGAACAUCUGCGUUAGAAGCAUUGAUGCAGGUUUGGUGUGAUAAUUAUGUUUACUUCAGUAACUUUAAAAACUUAUCUGUUAUUUGUAUCGCCAUGACGAAUAUUUACAAAGCAGAGACAAGUAUUCUGGACACAAUUCAUGUGAAAGGUGAUAUUAUAUCACAAUCUGAUAGAAUUGUUACACGUUCACAAGCUCGUUUGCAUCCAAAUCAGUAUACCUUCAUCAACGUUCGAGAAAAAUUGAUAAAACUUUUGGUGGAUGAAUAUAUUUCACUUUCUAGAGAAUCUAUCGUUGAAGAAAUUUCCAACGACGAGGGUGAUGAUUGGGAUGACGGCCCGUCAAAUGUAGAAGAAGAUAUUGGUUUAUCUGCUGAUGAAAUAAACGAACUUGCUAAAGACGAAUAUCCGUCCAUUAGAUCGUCAGCUGAAGCAGAGGAUGAUACUGCAGACUUACAGUUCCAUCUGCUUGAUUUUUUCAAAACUGUAAUGUCAACCAAUCUUAACAACUUUAAUGUUCAUGCUUCAAGGCUUACAGCAGAACAGCAAGCUGCUUUGGUAAACAUUAAAUAGGUUUCUGGGUUAUAAAUAAAACGAAGGAUAUAAUUAUUCUUGUUUCCAAAGUACAUAUAUGUGUAGUUGUUUUUGAUUUUCGAUAAUCGUUGCUGUACUUGAGAUUGACUUUCUUGAAUUACAAACAAUUAGUUCAACAGAGUAGAACACUACAAAAUUUUCAUAAAGAUAACAGACUUCAUUGAAAAGUUUAGCAACUAUAGAUAUACAAUCGAAGGAAAAAAGACCUCCUCGCAAGGAAAGGAAAAUAAAAGUUAAUAGUGAAUGGCUUCAUCA